GUUUUUUUUUUUUCUUUUUGUCGUGGUACGUCGUAAGUAAUUAUCACUACUACCAUGGCAAGCUCUCAUUGGACGUCCGUGACACGUGAUUUAUAGACUCACACAUAAUGUAAACACAAAAUAGCCACAAGAAGAAGGGGAGGAAGACUGAGGAUAACAGCCGUUGAAAAGGCUUCUGUAAGUUCUCUUCCCAACCACCACCAGCUUGCAGGACUUUAUAACGCCCUGUUGAUUUUUCCGAAAGCAUCACAGCAGGUUAAUAAAGGCUUUCCGUGUGGGAAAAAGAAAACACUUCAUAAACGUAAAGUGAGUAUAUUACUACUUGACAGCUGUUAUGUGCUACUGACAAGGACCAAUAGUAAACAAUAACUACCAUUGACCUGUAAUAGGUUUUAAUGGGAUAGUGGUAAAGGUUUCUAUGUAAUACAGCUGCAUCAAACUCUUAGGACAGUCUUGGUGUAUCCAUAUAUUGAAAAAGGACCAACGCCCAGCUAUUCUGGAAAACUGCAGUUUCAACUUGGAUGCAUAACUCAUAUUUUUAGCAGGUGGUCUGGGCAAGCAUGGACAAGGUGGAGAGUGCUAAGAGGGCAGCAGCCCACAGGGCCGUAGAUGAACAUGUCAAGGAUUCAUACAAAGUUGGAGUUGGGAGUGGCUCCACAGUGGUGUUUGCUGUUGAGAGACUCGCUCAGCGUGCCCGUGAGGAAGGGUUGAAGGUGGUGUGUGUUCCAACCUCGUUCCAAGCACGACAGCUCAUUGUGAACAAUAAUCUGGAGAUAUCUGACCUUGAAAUUACGCCUGAGCUGGAUGUAGCCAUUGAUGGUGCAGAUGAGGCAGACCAACAGUUAACACUUAUCAAAGGAGGUGGAGGAUGUCAGCUACAAGAGAAGAUUGUUGCUGCAGCUGCCAAGACCUUUGUUGUCAUUGCUGACUAUAGAAAGGAUUCUACAGUUCUCGGAGAACAGUGGAAAAAAGGCAUCCCCAUUGAAGUUGUUCCCAUGGCUUACUGUCCUGUCAAGCUGAAAAUCGAAAAUGAACUUGGUGGACAGGCAGUCCUGCGGCAAGCCAAGGCCAAAGCAGGACCUGUUGUGACAGACAAUGGAAAUUUUAUCCUUGACUGGGUGUUUGACAAGAUCCAUGACUGGGAGAAAGUGAACCAGCAAAUCAUGAUGAUUCCAGGUGUGGUGGAGACAGGCCUCUUUGUAGGCAUGGCAUCUACUGCUUACUUUGGGAUGCAAGAUGGGUCUGUAAAAGAGCGUCAUGUUUAAAUUCUAAGGUGACAGUAGCAACAACUUAACCUCUCAAAUGGUAACCAUACCACACAACUUAUAAUAAUAUAUAGCAGUUGCUAUUAUUUUCUAUAGUAUUUUUCUAAGUCUAUAUUUGUAUAUGUGUUUGAAUUUAGAAUAGUUUUGGGGAAAUGGUUGAAAUGUUAUCCAUUUAUAUAUUUAGUUAUCUACAUAUAUGUUAAACUUUAUAAGGCAGAGACAGACAAGACAUUAUGUCUCAUGUCAUUGUAAGAAUACAAAUACAGAGAGAACAGUCUCUAAUACCUUACAA